CAGCUCGUGAUGUGAAUGGACGGCUGCCGUUCUUUUCCGGCUACACCUGCUCAUCCCACCAGGAAGUGCAGGGCGAUAAAUCCUAAAAGGCCAAAAAGAGAAUGGAAACCUUUGGAGGACCGGAACUGCACGGAUCUGCCAUGGUUCCUGUUAUUUACAUUGUUCCUUGUGGGAAUGUGUGGCAUCUGUGGGUUUACCAUUGCGACUGGAGGGGCGGCGCGGCUCGUCUUCGGAUAUGACAGCUACGGGAACACAUGCGGCCAACGCAAUGAGCCCAUCGAAGGGGUCCGGCUGAGUGGUCUCGAUCAUACUGACAGAAAAUUCGUCUUUUUCCUGGAUCCAUGCAACAUAGAUAUCAUUCAGAGGAAAAUAAAGUCCAUGGCGCUGUGUGUGUCACAAUGUCCCACCGAGGAACUGGCGACUUACUACGACCUCAAGAAGUUUGCCAUGAUAAAUGGGUCUGAGCUUUGUUCAUAUGAGUUACCUGGUCAUAAGUACCCAAGCCUUCCAGAGCGCUUCGAAAAGUGUCCCAAACUUCCAGUACCACAGAGCAAAGCUCUUCCAGUGUUUAACCGCUGCACGCCGGUGGAUAUUUCCUGCUAUGCUAAGUUUGCUGAAGCGGUGGUCACGUUUGUCAGUGAUAACAGCAUGUUAAACAGGCUGAUUGCCGGGGUGGCGGCCAGCAAAGAGAUCAUUGUUGGGCUGUGUCUGCUGGCGUUAGUUUUGUCCAUGAUCCUCAUGGUGAUCAUUCGUUACAUCUCUGCUGUCCUGGUUUGGAUCCUCACUGGACUGGUGGUUCUGGGUUCCCUGGGAGGUACCAGCGCUCUGUGGUGGUUGUACAUAGACUAUAGAAUGACAAUGAAUGAGACCAUGACUAAAGAUCUGAGAAAAACAGAAGAACCCAACGGUGGCAUUAAGACCACCAAAGACCACUCUCAAGGACUGCUUAUCUACGCCGUUUCAGCUACCGUGUUCACUGGAAUUUUGUUGCUUCUGAUGUUGUUUAUGAGGAAGAGGGUGGCUCUGACUAUCGCCUUGUUCCACGUGGCGGGAAAAGUGUUUAUCCACCUGCCGCUGUUGGCACUACAGCCCUUCUGCACGUUCCUCGCUCUUUCUCUGUUUUGGGUCUACUGGAUCAUGGUCCUCCUCUUCCUCGGCACCUCUGGGAACCCGGAGAAGAGCGAGGAGACUGGCCUGGUUGAGUUCAGGCUCAGAGGAGGGCUGCAGUACAUGACCUGGUACCACGCAGUGGGACUGAUCUGGAUCAGUGAGUUCAUCUUGGCUUGUCAGCAGAUGACUGUAGCCGGAGCUGUGGUAACCUACUAUUUCACAAGGGACAAAAACAAACUCCCGGUGACGCCCAUCCUGUCAUCAGUGCUGCGGCUGGUGCGGUAUCACCUGGGCACUGUGGCCAAGGGCUCCUUCAUCAUCACCCUCGUCAAGAUCCCACGCCUCAUUCUCAUGUACAUCCACAACCAGCUCAAAGGAAAGGAAAACGCUUGUGCACGCUGCAUGCUGAAGGCCUGUAUCUGCUGUCUGUGGUGUCUGGAGAAGUGCCUCAAUUAUUUAAAUCAGAAUGCGUAUGCGGCGACGGCCAUAAACAGCACCAGUUUCUGCACCUCGGCCCGCGAUGCCUUCAUGAUCCUGGUGGAAAACGCUCUUAGGGUGGCAACCAUCAACACCGUUGGAGAUUUUGUUCUCUUUCUGGGCAAGAUCCUCAUCGUGGCGUGCACAGCGAUUACUGGGGUGUUAGCACUGAACUAUCAGAGAGAUUACACCGAGUGGGUCCUGCCGCUCAUUAUCGUGUGUCUGUUUGCGUUCCUGGUGGCACACUGCUUCCUGUCCAUCUUCGAGAUCGUGGUGGACGUGCUCUUCCUCUGCUUUGCCAUCGACACCAAAUACAACAAUGGCACACAUGGGAGGGAGUUCUACAUGGACAAGGCCCUGAUGGAGUUUGUGGAGAACAGCAGGAGGUCAAUGGCGGUGGAGGAGCAGGGCCGCAGCAAGCGUUCCCGUCCCAAGGAAGAGGUAGAGUUGACGGAGGUUAAGGCCAUGGCUCCCGGGACAAGCUCUGCUUGACCAAAAUCAGCCCAUGGGACUUUUUAAAGACAUUCCAAAAUGUUUAUUUUUACCAAUGUGUAACAUGUUUACUAUGGUUUCACUCCAGGGAAUACAAUAUUUUAAUAAGAAACUGUAAAAAAAUGAAAUAACAAUGUAAUGAAGCACUUUAUAUUGGAGCGCUGCAUAUUUUAAAAAGCCUGAUGCAUUUUUUCGUAGUGAUGUCCUUUUUAUAAGACUAAAAAAACCCAGUUGCCAUCUAGUGAAACACAGUAUUAAUAAUGUCUAGAAUCACUGUUUUUAUUAUGUCAAUUUUUCAUAAGAAACCUUUUUUUUAAUUUAUGAGAAACCCACAUACUGCAGUGCAGCACUUGUUCUUUUUGUUUCAUUUAAUUCAAAUAAUGAAACAUUUACGCUUUUUAUUUCUUUAUUUUCAGAAAAGAAAAAAAUGCUUGGUUGUGUUAUUUUACUAAAAUAACGUUACCAUGCCUGAAAUGAGGGUAUUGUCCUUGAAUUUAACUUGUGUGUAAUAAGGUUGGUUGGUUUCCCUCCAAUGGUGGUAAUUUUAGUUUGUUUCUGAGUUGUGAUAAAACUGUAAAAGUCAAAUUUUCCUGCUGUGACUGUUAGUGCUGAUAGAAACUGGGUCUGGUUACCUUAAACUGGGAGGAAGACAUUAAUGGUUUCUGACUACGAUCCACAGUUGAUAUAACUGUGAGUAUGAGUGACAUUACAACAAAAAGCACAUGCAAACAACAAAUAAAACAAACAAUAACAGUACAGUUACACUACAAGACGAUUUGAAUGUUUUUGGAAGAAGUCUCUUUUGCUCACCAAGGCUGCAUUUAUUUGAUAAAAAAUAUAGUAAAACCAGUUAUAUUUAAAUUUAUUCCAAUUUAAAAGAACGG